AUGUGGAAGAGUUGUGCUCAGACUUUUGCCAAACUGCGGCGUGGCUCAAGAGAAAUUCAUCAUAUCAGAGCUGCCUUUGAUCCUGGAUUCAGGAUGGCAGACGAAUUCUUGGAUGACAUGAAAUUUGAUGCCGAGUUGGAAGGCUUCUUCAACGGGACCACCAACACGGUGAAUCUCCAGCCGCAGCCGACAUCCUUUGGCAAUGAGGAGCCCAGCCCUGCCGGAGCAAAAGGUGCAGCCCAGGAGGAUUCCUCCGGCUUUCGUGCAGCAAUGCUGGCUGGGCUACUAGGUGGCCGGCUGGGUGCUCUGCAAGGUGUAUUGAACGGCUUCCUUGGAAGUUCACAGGAAGCAGCACCACCUUCCUCGCUUGGGGCUGUCAAAGACCAGGCCAGCAGCUUCCUGUCCAAGGCCCAGCCCUGGCGGGAGUUCCUGUGGCCACUGUCUGUGCCGACAGCCAAUGAGGGGUGCUCCCGCCUUUCUGCAAAUGUCUUCAACUUUCAGACAAACUAUGCCAUUCUUUUUGUAGUUGAGCUUGUUCUUUCUAUUCUUACGCAGCCGUCAGCCCUGAUGUGUAUCAUUUUGACUGUGAUCACCUGGGUCCUGUUCUUGAAGAAGAACGAAGACCCUGACUGGGCGCCAAAGAUCGGUGGUGUGGUCCUCUCACCGAUGCAGAGAUGGCUCUUGCUCGCUGCAGUUACGGCCAUCGUGCUCCUUCUUUGGGUGGGUGGUCCAAUCUUCAACGCAGCCUUGAUGUACCUGGUCUUUUUCCUGGCGCAUGGGCUCUUACACGAGCCACCCAUUAGAGGAAUCCCUGGAGGAGAGCCGAUGCUUGGCCGCAUCUUUGGUUCGUUGCUGACACCGACACUGCCCACGGCAUCCCGGGUUCCGUGGGUGAAACCUCUCAGGAAAGAUGCGCCGGAGGCCAGCGAGGCUUUGGAUAGCAGCAUGCCGGCCUUUCUGACACCCAAAGUGGUCGGUGCCAAGAGCUCUUUUGAAGGUGGGUCCCGUCGUCUCCUACUGGGCUCUCUUGGCUCUUGGAUCUUGGGAACAGCUCCAGCUCAGGCGCAGAGUGUCUUCAGCACUGAGAAGUGGGAUGGAUCCUUUCUGGAUACUAGCAAAGAUUGCAAGGAGGCCGAAAUCAUUGGAACCCCAGAGGGUACCUGCCUCCGAAACAGCAACGCGCUGGGGGGUUACGCCACCAUCCGCGGCAGGGAUGCUCCUGGUGGAGAUGAGUGGGAAGUGUUUUCCGAGUACGACGGGAAUGAAAUUCGGCUGCCUUUCAAAGAGCGAGGUGGACCGAAAGCGGUGGGCACUUGGUUUAGCAACAAGAAGGAGGGCAUUAAGGGCAUCAAGUGGAAUGAUGGAACCGUUUGGGAGAAAAUGGAGUACAAGAUUUUCCCUGCUCCCAACGAGAUGACGGAGGCCAUUGGCAAGGCGCGGAACGAAGCAAAGGCCAAGGCGGCGGCUGAUGAUAAAAAGCGAUAA